CUUCAAAGUGCAUGUAGUGACAGAGUGCAGUGUGCGGGAGAGGAGUGCGGUGACAGGCGGAGAUAGCGGCUGGCUGGAUCUGUGGAGAACUCCUCUCUGGUGGUACUUUUUUUUUUUUUUUUAAUUGAGUGCUCAGAGCUGGAAGAUGCCCGGGGUGGUGAGCAAGAACCCGGACCUGGAGUUUGACUCCUUGCAGCCUUGUUUCUACCCAGACGAGGAUGACUUUUAUCUGUGUGGCCCGGACUGUGCCCCCCCAGGGGAAGACAUCUGGAAGAAGUUUGAAUUGCUCCCCACGCCCCCUCUUUCUCCAAGCAGAGCAGGGCUACAGAGUGACCCUCUGUCUCCUGGGCAGGGGCCCCUAUUAGAUUAUGGCUUACCGGGCGUUGAGGAUCCCUUGGACUGGGCAUCGGAGUUGUUGCUGUUGCCUCCUGAAGCCGACUUGCUUGGGGGCUCCGGCUGGAGCACAGAUCUGGGUUUGUCCACUGGCAACCUCAAGUCCAUCAUUAUCCAGGACUGUAUGUGGAGUGGCUUUUCUGCCAGGGAAAAGCUUGAAAGGGCAGUCAACGAGAAGCUGGGUAAAGCCGCAGGGAUCGUCGAAUCUGGAGCCCAGAACCAAACCAUCACCCCUUCUGCCAGCAGUGUACCUGAGCAAGGCGAGGAUUUAAACAACCCUGCUUCCCACUGUGUAGACCCAGCAGUGGUUUUCCCAUUUCCCAUCAACAAGGGAGAAAGCGGCAGAAUUGGGCAAGCCAGUCCUCCCGUCAGUGCCACCUCCACCGCUGUACCCUCUAAUGCAUCAGUCAGAAGCAGCAGCCAGCCAAGCGGAACCAGCAGUGCCAGCUCUGGAGACGACAGCCAUAGUGAAUCUGAUGACGAGGAGGAUGAUGAGGAAGAUGACGAGGAGGAAGAGAUUGAUGUUGUCACGGUGGAGAAAAGGCGUUCCUUAUCCAACAGGCCAGUUAAUUGCCCGGCAGUGCUUCGCUCCAAAUCCGCCACCAACCUUGCCUCUGGAAAAAAUCUUCCCACCGAACUUAUCCUCAAGCGGUGCGCUCCGGUCCACCAGCAGCAUAACUACGCGGCCCCGUCGCCCUACGUAGAGACGGAAGAAGUAGCUCCGCCUCAAAAAAAGCAGAAGAACGAAACUCCCCGCGUGGUAAAGAAUGUGGUACAACCAAAGGCUAAAAGCUCCAGCCCUCGUAACUACGACUCAGAAGACAGCGAGAGGCGACGCAACCACAACAUCCUCGAGCGCCAGCGUCGCAACGACUUGAGGUCCAGCUUUCUCACUUUAAGGGACCACGUACCCGAACUCAUUAAAAACGACAAGGCCGCCAAAGUCGUUAUUCUCAAAAAAGCCACUGAAUACGUUCACUCCCUUCAGGCCGACGAACAAAGAUUGUUACAGGAGAGAGAGAAACUUCAGCUCCGACAGCAGCAGCUCCUCAAGAAAAUAGAGAAAGCACGGACUUGCUAGACUUUGUUUCUUUUCCCUCUCCUUCUCUUUCCGAACUGUCACUGCCACUUUGCACAAAUUUUUGAUUCUUCAGAGCAAAACGAGAAAAAAAUAAAAAUAACGAGAAGUGUCGUUCUUUUUUUUUUCGACAAUACGAAUGUUGGUUUCAUUUCCAAUCCAGUUCACUCUGCAGUUGAAGAUACAAUUUUUUUAAAACAUUUUUUAUACGUUUUUGUUUCGUCAUCGUUUCGAAACAACUGGAUGAUUUUUUUUUUUGUUCCUCAGUUGAGUAGACUGCCAAAUGAUUAACUGUUUUAUUAUAAUUUUUAUUUUAUUUUUUUGCUAUAAACUUUUGUAGGUUUUGUUUUUCAUGUUGUGAGCGUUUUUGAGCUGCUGAUCACAUUUGUUUUUUGUAAGGUUCAUUCAACUUUUUUGGUUUGUUGAUGGUGCUCAUUGUAACCUUCUGGGGUUAGCACUUGUACCUCUGGAGGAAUCUCUGUAUAUACCAUUAAUACUUGCCUUUUCUCGUGCAACUUUCUGGGGCUAUGCUGGGUAGCUCUUUACUACCGAUAUUUAGACUGGAAGUUCAGACCCAAGUACUGUAACGCCUCAAUGUUUGAGGAGCAUGUUUUGUAUACAAAUAUAUUGUUAAUCUCUUGUUAUGUACUGGACUAAUUCUUACACUGCCUGUAUACUUUAGUAUGACGCUGAUACAUAACUAAAUUUGAUACUUAUAUUUUCGUAUGAAAAUGAGUUGUGAAAGUUUUGAGUAGAUAUUUACUUUAUCACCUUUUUGAACGGAGAACUUUUGUAAAGAAAAGUAUUAUAUAUGCCUUUUUUCUUAGCCCGUUUUCGUUGGUCCUUUCCUCUUUUUUUUUAUUGUAUUUGUUCAUGUCUUUGUUUUGGCGCAUAGAACCGGAACGUUUCAGAGUUCUGUGUAUGUUUUUUGUUUGUUUUUUACUCAUUCUUUUUUCAACCAAUGUACAUUUUUUAGUGCUUUUUUUCUUCUAGCACUUUGAAAUACCUCA